AUGAUGGAUUUCAUCAGCACUCUACCAGACGAGGUUCUCUGCCAUAUAUUGUCCUUCCUUACCACAAAGCACGCUGCUUCCACAUCAGUUCUCUCAAAGAGAUGGCGCGAUCUCAUUGCAUUUGUCCCUUUCGUCGAAAUCGACGACUCUGACCUUCUCCGUCCCGAAAGAGACGGCGUUCUCGAGAUAUUCAUGGAUUUUGUGGACAGAGUGUUGGCAUUGCAGGGUGAUUCUCGCAUCAAGAGAUUCAUACUCGAUUGCAAAGCCGGUAUCGAUCCAGAUCGUGUGAACCGUUGGAUACGUGUUGUGCUGCGGCGCAGCGUUUCGGUGAUUUCGUUAUGCACUGAUUUUGGAGACGAGUAUCAGUUGCCUCCGGAGGUGUUUGUGAGUAAGACGCUAGUUAGUCUCAAACUAAAAGGUGGGUUUGUUCUUGAUUGGAUCUCUCGUGGCAGCGUUUCCUUACCGAUGCUUAGAAAUCUCUUUCUUAGCUCAGUUGGGUUUCGUGGUGGUCAGUUUAAGAUGCGUCUUCCUGCUUGCCCUGUGAUUGAGACUAUAGACAUGGAAUUUAUGGAUUGGAUGGUUUUCGAUGUCAACGUGUCAAGCGAAACCCUCAAGGAGCUGUUUAUCUGCUGUGAUGGUAGUUACGAGGAUCCAGAGAGCGUUUGUUUUGACACUCCGCGUCUGGUUUACCUUUGGUAUUCCGAUUUUGUUGCCGAAGACUAUCCAAAGGUUAACUUGCCAAACUUAGUCGAGGCUCGAAUCGACCUGAAACUAGAUGAACAUCUGUUCGAGCUAGCGAGAGAAACAAACGUUGAUGGCGGCGUUGAGUAUGACGACGAGGAAGAUGAUGUUUUUCUCCGGUUUCGUAAUGUGUGGAAGCUCUUUAGUGGCAUGAGAAAUGUUGAGAAACUCUACUUGGCUCCUAAUACUCUUCAGGUGCUUUCUCUGUGCUGUAAAUCAAUGCCGGUGUUCAACAAGCUCAAAUUCUUACAUAUCAGGAGUUCCGAGGAUCGAGGAUGGCAAGCAAUGCCGGUUCUCUUAAAGAACUGUCCAAAUGUAGAAACUCUAGUCUUUGAGGGACUGUUACACUAUGUGACGGAUAAAUGCGGGAAUGCUUGUGACUGCGUAUCUCGGGAGGACAGAGGUAGUUCGCUUCGAUCUUGUCGGGUGAAGAAGUUAGAAAUCAAAGGGUUUCGAGGAACAAAGAGAGAGUUGACGAUGAUAAAGCAUUUCCUGCUCUCGUUUCCGGGUUUGGAGGAGAUGUGGAUACAUGCUCAAGUGAAAGGUCAUACGGAAUUAGAAGUCCCUGGAACGUAUCCACUUGUCGUCGAGAUGAUUAACCUCUUCUGCGAGAUAUCGAGCUGUGAUGUUCAUUUCCUGGUGCCAACUCACUUGUCUAAGAAAUUGUCUCUACACAAUGAAUGA